ACGUCCAAAAUGGCUGGUCCAGCGAAAAGUACACCGCGGGAUGCUCAGGUUAUGGCAGCUAUACUCAAGGAUAUGGGUGUUUUGGAUUAUGAACCUCGAUUAAUUAAUCAAAUGCUAGAAUUUACAUACAGAUAUAUUACUGAUGUGUUGGAUGAUGCUAAAGUCUACUCGAGCCAUGCUAACAAGAAGAACUUGGACUGCGAUGACAUCAAGCUGGCCAUUCAGUGUCGAAUGGAUCACUCCUUCACUACUCCGCCCCCUCGAGAUUUGCUGAUGGAUAUCGCCCGAUAUCGGAACGCCCAGCAGUUGCCGCUAAUCAAACCGUACUCCCAGCCGCGGUUGCCUCCUGACAGAUACUGCCUGUCUGCUCCCAACUACAAACUGAAGACCCUCAGAAAGCCGAGGUCGCAGAUCACGCUGUCAAACUCUAUACCUGCAGGUGGACCUCGAUUCAGUAUCAGCUCACUGGCAGUGAAAGGUACGGGAUCUACCGGAGGCGGUCAGACACUGACCGUAGUGACCAAAGCCGUGAGUCAGCCAACCGUAACGAUCAUCAGCAAGUCGGCAGCUACCACGAUGCCCAAACCAACAUUCAGAAUAAAUACAGGCUCUUUGCCAAGCUACACCAAAGUGAUUUCACAGAAUGCGAGUGGCGUAAAUACCGUUCUGCAAACCUCCAGUUUGGCACCGUCUAGUAUGGCCAACCUCACAACCUCCAGCAUAGCUAACCUCACAACCUCCAGCAUGGCUAAUCUCACGCCAUCGAAUAUCACUAUGUCAGGCAUGGCUAACAUCAUGACAUCCGGCAUGGUUAACCUCACUACGUCAAGCGGGACAAACCUCGCACCAGUGAGCAUUUCCAACCUCACGACCUCGAGUGUUCCUAACCUCAUGACUCAGAGUCUAAGUACCUCCAACACUACGAGCGUGUUGAUGGGGUCGUCUCUCGUCUCCAAUCCUCUCAAGCGGAAAGCUGAUGAUGAUGAUUACGACAAGUGAUGUGGGGAUAUCUCUGAACGCAUCUCGACUGGGGAUCCUUGAAUGGUGUAUCAUAGGGAUGAGAAGUGUCCAUAGAUUUUUAUCUAUCAAAAAGAGUCCAGUUCUUGAAUAGUCCAUAGAUUUUAUCUCUUGGGAGUCCCAGUUCUUGAAUUGUCCAUGGAUUUUAUCUCUUGGGAGUCCAGUUCUUGAA